CGCCCCUUUCCUCCUCCGAGUCCCCUCCAAGCCGUGUAACACUCUUUGUGUUCUCAUCUCUUUUCUUCACCUGGAACUGUCUGUAGACUAACUUGAACAGUCAAAAUGGCACCCAAGAAGGACGCUAAGGCAGCUGCACCUGCCAAGAAGGCUGAACCCGCAAAGGCCGCGGCACCCGCACCGGCGCCUGAGCCAGUAGUACCUGCAGGACCUCCUCCAAUUGACCUGUCUGCCGUCAAGGUUGACUUCACCCCAGACCAGAUGGAGGACUACAGAGAGGCUUUCAGUCUCUUCGACAGGGUGGGUGACAGCAAGGUGGCUUUCAACCAGGUCGCUGACAUCAUGCGCGCUCUUGGACAGAACCCCACCAACAAGGAGGUGAAAGCAACCCUGGGGAACCCCUCCGAAGACGACAUGGUCAACAAGAGAGUAGACUUUGAAGGCUUCCUGCCCAUGCUCCAGAUAAUUGUCAACAGCCCAAAGGGAACCCUCGAUGACUAUGUUGAGGGUCUGCGCGUCUUUGACAAGGAGGGCAAUGGCACAGUGAUGGGUGCUGAGCUGCGUAUUGUCCUGGGAACACUGGGUGAGAAGAUGACUGAGGCGGAGAUCGAUGCUCUCAUGCAGGGACAGGAGGAUGAGAAUGGCUGCAUCAACUACGAGGCCUUCGUCAAGCACAUCAUGUCUGUGUAAAGAGCUUCCAGCCACAGUGAGGAAGCUUUCAUGUAUCUGCAGACCCCAUGGUGUCAGGACAUCCACUCACUGUUUCGAAAGCCACCUGAGAAACAGGGGGGAAUAAAAGGACUAUGAGAUGUCAUUUCUAAACCUUUUUUUUGUUUUGUUUUGUUGUUUUUUUUCUCCAGUUUUUCUUUCUUUGUUCUCCUCUGGUGCUCUCUUUCUUUUUCUUCAAUGGAUGCGUCCUUAUUUUCCAGUCAACAUUCUUCUGCUGGAUAAACACCCAAUCUCCCUGAUUGUCGAAGGCGGGGGGGUGUGUGUGUGUGGGUGGAACACUGAGGGGGGGGGGGGGGGUGGAGCAGCGAUGAAGUGCUGUACCAUCCUCCACCUCAGUUACUGCCUGCAUCAUCGAGCCAGCCCACCAUGACUGACUGGCUUUUGUCAUGACUGGCCAUCAAACCACUCCCUUCCCCUAAGUUAAUUUAUAGCACUCUAUCCGUCAUUUCCCAAUAAACUUUCCACAAACUC